CCUGGAUGCCUUAUCGCUUUUUAUUCUUGAGAGAUUGUGUUUCCUCUCUCCUUUCUUCCUUGUAUUAUAUUCCUUUGCAUUUUCACGGACUGUCCUAGAGGGAGGGACCCCGUUGUAUUUACGCUAUAUAUCCUUUCUAUCUCGAUUUUCAUCCCAAGUUACGCCCUUUUCAGCUUAUCGGGGCCCUUUUUUCUUUGCUAAAGGCUAGGGACAUUUCCCCGCCAUCGCCUUCGCGAACGAAGGUAUUCGCUUUUUGUUCAGACAACGAACAAAAAAAUCAUUACAACUCUCCACUCUACAGCGUUUGCUAGAAGAUGCCACACUCGGAAUCGCCUGCCAUGCCUACUGCCGUUUCCAAAACACCGUCGUCGGUGCCUCCCACCGCCGAGGAAGUUGCCUCCGUUUUCAACAGUAUCUUCACAGCCGAACAGUCCCAGCAGUCCCUCGAUGGCGCCUACGCUUUGACCAACAUGCUCAUCCAGAGCGUUGGUGUGCAUGGUUUCCAACAAUAUAACAUUCUUCCAGAGGUCAAGAAGGCUGCGCUGGACAAGAAAAAUGGGGCCAAACGUGAGAGUGCCAUGUUGAUCCUUGGCGCUCUCUUCGAGCGAUUCCCCAGAGAACAUCCGCUCAGUGAAGUUGUUUUUUUGCUGCAGGAUGGCGGUGUUCUCAACCUUGCGCUGGACUCGCUGGCCGACAAGGGCGCCGUGGUGCGCGAAGCUGGCCAGUAUGCGAUCGACGCUCUCUUCGCCUGCCUGAAGCCCGAGUCCAUGGCCAACGCUCUCCUCCCCUGCAUCUCCAGCUACCUCAACAAGAGCACUGGUAAGUGGCAGGGCUUUGUCGGUGCCUACGCUCUCAUCGAAAAGAUGGCAGUUAAGGCGCAGAUGGGCACCGGCACACUGGAGGAAGAAAACUCGAAGGAUGUCCUGCGUGAAGCCAUGGGCAAGACCCUCAAGGAUCUCAUUCCCCUUGUCGAGAAUGGUAUGCACGACCUCAAGAACGAAGUCUCCAAGCAGGCCAUCAAGGCUAUGAACGCCUUGACCACUCUUCUGUCCAACGACGAUGUUGCCCCUCGAAUCCCUCUCCUUAUCAAGACUAUGGAGCAGCCGUCGGAGAAGACCCUGCAGCAGGCCAUCCACGCUUUGUCCCAGACCACCUUCGUUGCCAUCGUCACAUCCCCUGUUCUGGCCCUGCUCACUCCUCUGCUGGAGCGCUCGCUCAACUCUCCCAACACCCCGCAGGAGACUCUUCGUCAGACCGUCGUCGUCGUCGAGAACUUGACUAAGCUCGUUCACGACCCCGCCGAAGCCCGUACCUUCUUGCCCAAACUCCAGCCCGGUGUCCAGAAUGUUAAGGACCGUGCCUCUCUCCCUGAGGUUCGUGAAAUGGCUACCGCUGCGCUGGCCGUCGUUGAGAAGGCCAUGGGCGACAGCCACAUUGCCGCUGGAUCUGUCGCGAAGGUUUCCCCCGAAGAGGUCCUCAGCGUGUUGGAAGAGAAGAUCCAGGCACACGGAGGUCCUAUCGCCACCCAGGACGUUACUGUCUACGCUUUGGGUAAGAACUACAUCGCGGAGAUGGUUCGUGAGGAUGUUAACGUCCGGAUGCAUGAUCGCAUUCCCGCUUGCAUCAGCCCUUACCUCCGUGGGUUCCUCAAGGACGAUGCGCAAGAUGCGGUCGCCAACGAGGUGCAAGCCCACUUCAUCGAGGAGGACCACCGAAAGUUUGGCAAGCCGAUCCCGGAUGACCCCAAUGAAGUCGAGAUCGUCAACGCCAACUUUUCCCUCGCGUAUGGUGGUAUGCUUCUGCUGUCCCACACCAACCUUCGUCUUCUGAAGGGCCACCGUUAUGGUCUGUGCGGUCGUAACGGAGCGGGCAAGUCCACUCUCAUGCGCAGUAUCGCAAGUGAUAAGUUGGAGGGCUUCCCGCCGCAAAGUGAAGUCCGGACUUGCUUUGUGGAGCACAACCAGGGCGAAGAUGCCGAUCUGACUAUCGCCGAAUACGUCUCCAAGGACCCAAAGAUUGCUGAAGCAGGCGAAGAGCACAUCAAGAGCGUUCUGCUCGAAUUCGGUUUCACUGAUGGACCAGAAGGUCGCCAGUCACAGCCCGUUGGAUCUCUGUCCGGUGGAUGGAAGAUGAAGCUAGCCCUUGCCCGUGCCAUGCUGAUGAAGGCGGAUGUGCUGCUUCUGGACGAACCGACCAACCACCUGGAUGUUGCCAACGUCAAGUGGCUCCAGGAGUACCUGAAGAAGCACACUGAUAUCACUAGUUUGAUUGUCAGUCACGACUCUGGUUUCUUGGACGAGGUUUGCACCGACAUCUACCAUUACGAGCAGAAGAAGCUGGUUUGCUACAAGGGAAACCUCGCAGACUUCGUCAAGGUCAAGCCAGAGGGUAAGAGUUAUUACACUCUGUCUGCCUCAAACGUGCAAUUCAAGUUCCCUCCUCCGGGUAUCUUGGCCGGUAUCAAGUCGAUGACUCGCUCGAUUCUCCGCAUGACCAACUGCUCUUACACCUACCCUGGAGCCAGCAAGCCUUCGUUGACCGGUGCCUCUCUGUCGCUGACCCUCUCUUCGCGUGUGGCCAUCAUCGGUGGUAACGGAGCCGGAAAGUCGACAUUCAUCAAGAUGCUUACUGGCGAAACCAUUCCCCAGGGCGGAAAGGUGGAGAAGCACCCCAACCUGCGUAUUGGAUACAUCAAGCAGCACGCCCUGGAGCACGUGGAGUUGCACUUGGAGAAGACCCCCAGCCAGUACCUGCAGUGGCGUUACGCCAACGGAGAUGACCGUGAGGUGUUCAUGAAGCAGACCCGUGUCCUCACCGAAGAGGACAAGGCUCAGUUGGCCAAGCCGGUCGAUCUCGGUGAUGGCAGAGGCGCACGACGUAUCGAAACUCUCAUUGGUCGUCAAAAGUGGAAGAAGUCCUUCCAGUACGAAGUUAAAUGGGUCGGCUUGCUUCCUAAGCACAACACAAUGAUCUCGCGUGAAACCUUGCUCGAGCUUGGAUUCUUCAAGAUGGUCCAGGAAUUCGAUGACCACGAGGCUUCCCGAGAGGGUCUUGGAUUCCGUAACCUCGACCCCAAGGAGAUCUCCAAGCACUUCGAGGACGUUGGUCUGGACCCUGAGAUCGCCAACCACAACGAGAUCUCCGGAUUGUCUGGUGGACAGAAAGUCAAGGUUGUGCUGGCGGGAGCCAUGUGGAACAACCCCCACUUGCUGGUGCUGGACGAGCCGACUAACUUCUUGGACCGUGACUCGCUGGGUGGUUUGGCCGUGGCCAUCCGUGACUUCAAGGGUGGUGUGGUCAUGAUUUCUCACAACGAAGAGUUCGUGGGUGCGCUCUGCCCUGAGCAGCUGCACGUUGCCGACGGAAAGGUGGUCAGCCGUACCAACGCUGCGGUGUCCCUGGACCGAUUUGAAGACAGCGCUACCAACUCCCCGCAGGCGGGCAGCACGGCAGCCAGCUCGGCGGUGACAAGCGCUGCGGCCAGUGCUGCGGCAUCGGCAGCCAACUCUGGUGCAGAGGACCAGGGUGAGCUCAAGUUCAAGGCCAAGAAGAAGAAGAAGAUGACUCGCGCUCAGUUGAAGGAGCGUGAGACCCGUCGUCGUCUCCGUCACAUCGAAUGGCUGAACUCGCCCAAGGGCACUCCCCACCCGCCGGACACCGAUGACGAGGCCUAAAAAGUUUUCUUUAUGUCUUGGUUUGUAUGCAUCAUGAGCGUUAUGACUUUGGAUUGUUGGCCAUGGAUUUGAUAGACGACUGGUUUAUUUUCUUUUUGUUGUCUCAGGGGAUCUAAUGAAUGUUUUCCUAUCAGUAUAGAUGCUCAACUAGUAGAUAGAUAUCAUAGAAUGAAUGGCUUAUUCUUCGAUCAAGUCUCCGUCAUUUUUAUCCAUUGUCUCCUUAUAUGGAGUGAUUGCGUCCAAGAAUUAUUUUCUCAAUCUCCAA